AUAUUACCCUAGUGAAUAAAUUUGUUUUAACUUGAUAAAGAAAAGAUAGUCAUGGUAACCCCGUGUGACAGUUUUAAUAGUUAUCAAAUGAGCAUUGUAAAUACAGAAGGUACUUCAGCAGUCUCGGUUAUUUUUCAUUUCGAUAAGGGAUUAUGUAAAACAUUCAACAAUAGUGUGGUUCGUCAGAAAAGUGUAAUGAAAAGCUAUGGAAACGGUCAGUCAGUUGGAUUUGCUGAUGAAGUUGUUUGUUUAGACGGUGACUGGAAACGCAAUACAACGAUUGGCUUUCUACAUUUUGAUUCCGCUGUGGCGGCUCAGAGGUGGCUUAUCAGCGAUCCAAUAUUUCGUCAGCACGACUGGUUGGAUGAUGCGGAAAUAUGGAUUGUACCUUUAUGUACGGAAAUAAGACCAUGGAAUUACUUGCAAUUGAGUUUAUUUAGCUCAAUUAAUGAAGACAACUUUAGGAAUCAAUAUUUACCUAAAUUUGGAGAAUCAGUUUCAAAAUUUGGAGGAGUACCAUUUAUUAGUUCAACUUCCUAUAUUGAAGUACCUCGAGGACUAAAUGAAAUCGACUAUUUAAUUAUUACUGGAUGGCCCGAUGACGAUAGCUCUCUUAAGUGGAACCAAAGUCAUGAAGCAGAAGAACUAAGAAAUAUGCAGGAAUCUUUUUCAAAGUCUUCGACAAUAUUGGCGAUGAUACGACAUAAUUACUAGUGCGUCAUUAUUAAUGGUUCAUAUAUGUACACAAUUCUCAAAGCAUACUUGUAAAAUAAACAAAUGUUUGCAACAAGAGUAGCACCUGCAACUAAAAGUAGAAACUUCAAAAACAAUCAACUCGACUUCCGAAAUCGUUUGUGUACUUUACUGAAUUACUAGCAUGGAGAAAAGUGAAGAUCUCAUCAAAUAAUGAACAUAGAUAAGCAGUAACAAAAUCCUUAUUUGACUAAUACACUGUCAUAAGGCUCUAGGAAGAAUGUCUCUUUGAGAUAUCACCCCAACCUCGUGAACUAACUAAACGCGUAGUCGAAGUAGC